UUUUUCUGAUGUGGAGUUGUAUUUUUAGAGCGCAGCUGGGUUCCUCUGUUGCUCGUGAAUGACACUUUUACAUUUUUCCUCGGGUACUCUUACCCGGAGAUUUAAAAUGAGCGAGCAGGAGGGGGUUCAGCGUCUUGCGCAUGGACUAAACUGGGUGCCCGGCUGCUGAUGGAUACAUUGACUCCUACUGGGAUCAAACCUGCAACCUUUCAGUCGCAGCAUAGGCUUUCUAGCCAAUAGACCGCUCCUCCAUCCUGAGUCCUCCCACCCAAAACAACCUGUAUCACAUUUACAGUAUGGAUUAUUGGACGUUUCACAUCGCGCACAUCCAUGUCACAACUUUUCUGGGAGAAUGGAUUUAAUGAAACAGUGACAGGCUUCACAUCUUCACACGAUUCUUAUUAUGACUGUUAUCUCUCUAUAUAUUCAAGCCAUAUAUUUGGUGGCUUAGUGUGAUUUUUGUCACGUUUUUAUUAUUAAAAGAAUUCGGAUCCUUCGUACACUUAAAAGAGUUGUAGCCUAAAUCUCGCCGGCUCUCAUGGGACUGGGGCAUUCGUCGCGGUGUUUGCUGCUACGGCGGAAGAUGGCGGAGGCGGACAGCGCAGAGCGGCAACAGCCUGUCACGUCCCCCUUCUCUCAUGCUGCUCAGCCCUCCCCACUGCCUAAACCAGUGCCUACUACCCACCAUGUGCCCUGCGUCCCCCACACGCCCCAUGUAGCAGCCCUGGCCACCUGUCCUGGUCGAGGCAAAAUUGCCAAGUUCAUCAGUCCGGAGGAAAUGACAUCACGGGACUACUACUUUGACUCCUAUGCCCACUUUGGCAUCCAUGAGGAGAUGCUGAAAGACGAGGUGCGGACGCUUACCUACCGGAACGCCAUGUAUCACAACAAGCAUGUGUUCAAAGAUAAGAUUGUCUUGGAUGUUGGCAGUGGCACAGGGAUCCUCUCAAUGUUCGCCGCCAAUGCUGGCGCCAAACACGUGUACGGGAUUGAAUGUUCAAGUAUAUCCGAAUAUUCAGAGAAGAUUAUCAAGUCGAAUCACCUACACAAUGUCAUUACCAUCUUCAAGGGCAAGGUGGAGGAGGUGGAGCUGCCUGUGGAGAAGGUGGACAUUAUCAUCUCAGAGUGGAUGGGCUACUGCCUCUUCUAUGAGUCCAUGCUCAACACCGUUAUCUUCGCCAGGGACAAGUGGCUGAAACCUGGAGGCCUGAUGUUCCCUGACAGAGCAGCUCUCUACGUUGUAGCCAUUGAGGACAGGCAGUACAAGGACUUCAAGAUUCAUUGGUGGGAAAACGUGUAUGGGUUCGACAUGAGCUGCAUUCGCAACGUGGCCAUCAAAGAGCCGCUGGUGGACGUGGUGGAUCCCAAGCAGGUGGUGACAAACGCCUGCCUCCUGAAGGAAGUGGACAUUUACACUGUAAAGCCAGAGGAUCUCUCCUUCACCUCAGCCUUCUGUCUUCAGAUUCAGCGCAACGAUUACGUUCACGCCCUGGUCACCUAUUUCAACAUCGAGUUCACCAAGUGUCACAAGAAGACUGGGUUCUCCACCGCUCCGGAUUCUCCCAGCACACACUGGAAGCAGACAGUAUUUUACUUAGAGGACUACUUAACUGUCAAGAAGGGAGAGGAGAUCUUUGGCAGUAUUACUGUCAGGCCCAAUGAGAAGAAUGUGCGUGACCUGGAGUUCACCCUUGAGCUUGACUUUAAGGGACAACUAUGUGAGGCUGCCAUCUCCCACGACUAUAAAAUGCGUUAGGAGCAACAAGGCCAUGGUUUGAACCCCUCAGCCCCUCUGGACACACCUGGAGAGGGGGGGGGAGGCACGGGCUCUCCAACAAGAAUUCCCGUUGGCCAGCGAGGGCGACCAGACGCAUCUGAUUGGAUGCCAUCAAGCCAGCACCUAAGUGAUGUCAUCAGAAUAGGCAAGUAUCUAUCAGCAAUAGUGCCAUCACCUGUACCAACUUGAUUGACUCGGGCACGUCGUUGAAUGUAAGAUCCUAAAUGAACUUGAUUUUUUUUUCUUUCUCACUAGUUCCUGGAAAUUAUUUUCAGUAUAAAAUGAGAAGCAUUUGUGAGUAUUUAUAUUGUUAGUGCAGCUAAUUGAAAAGUAUUGAUCUGCGUGAUGUUGAGAUGGUUACAGCACAGUCAUGAGCAGUUUUUUCUUUAGUCAUUAAGAUUUAUUAUGUACUGUAUGAUUGUAUAGAGAGUACAGUAAUUAAUCGUGUUUUAUUUUAUUAUUUGCAUGCAUGUUUUUGCUUCAUUGGUUCCAGAAAGGUGUGAAAUGUAACUUUUAUUUAUUUGUUUUCUUGAGGGUAAUUCAGAACAACUGUACUUUGGUGCCAGAAUAAAAACAGAACAAUGCCUCAGAACAGGAACUAACACAGAUGCAAUAUGUCAUGUACCACUUUGUUUUGGAAAAAAGAUGAACAAAGAAUAUGGAAAAAAAGAACGAUGAAUAUAAUGACGAAUAAAAUGACAAAGACUUCCAAAGC